CAAUGGUCGCCGCUAGUUGUUUAUAGUUUUCGUUAGCAUUUUCCCAAAAAAAAUCUUAUCAUUAUUUCAGUUUCUUUCACCUAUAAUUUAUAAUUAUAACUAUAUACAUAGUUUACUGAAAGAAUAACUGCAUAUUCUUUUGCAGAAUGUUAUUCGGCAAUAGUAAUGGAAACGAAGAUACAAAACCAAGUUAUUGACUUCUUCUCGUUUUUAGAAGAUUUCUACGACACAUCCAAAACGUGUUUGAAAAGUUGCCAAAGCAACGCUGUUUCCAUAAAUAAAAUAAUUCGUCGCUGCAUCAAUAUAAGAGAAGCACAACUAAAAGACACACCUUUGGAAGAAUUUUUGGGACUUCAAAAGAAACUGCUAUCCACACUUAAUAAUUUUAUUAAUAUUGAAAUUCUAGAAAUUCAAAGCCAACUUUCAAUAUUAGAAGAAAAUUUUGAUAAACUCUGCCAUAAAAACAAAAUCCUACAAGAAAGUUGCAGGACUAUUGACUUCAACCAAACAUCACCUUUAGUACGAGGAACACCACUUCAGCCUUGUUUAAAACAAAUAUUGCUUUUCGCAACAGAAUCAGUUACAUUUGGCAGUCAAGUCACUGCUCAAGUAGAAACAUCUUUAUCAGUUCUAUCAUUUAAACAAUUAGAAACAGCACAUUUUGUGGAUCACUUCAAACUCCCAACUCCCUGGAAUAAAAGAAUUCCCGAAAUACUUGCUUACACUUCCUUCUGUCAAGAUAACGUAAUUUAAAAAUGGAUUUAUUAGGAUCAAUCUUAAAUUCUAUGCAAAAGCCGCCAACAGCGAGCGAGGCGCAAAAAACUGCUAUGCGAAACCACAAAGAAGCAUGUGAAAGAAAACAGAAAGAAGAAAAAAUAAUGAUAAAUAAGUUUAGACAGCGGGUAGAAGACAAGAUCAGUAAUUUCAUUAAAGAUGGUACAAAACCACACUUGCAAUUUGAAUCAAUGGAUCAAAGGUACAGAUCUAUAAUACGAGAUGUUGCUGAAACGGCAGGUGUUCAAGUUAUUUCUUUUGGUCAAGAGGGAAUCGACCGAUACUCAGUUAUUUAUCUUAAAGACAAGGGCCCAUCUGAGGAUGAACUAAUGGUGAGGAGAAAUGGAGGUAUUUGGGAUGAGGAAAAAGCUUUGGAAAUGGCAAAAAAACGAGAAUUUGAUAAACUUGCUCAGCAAGAAGACGUAGUAGAAAGAGGAAAGAAGCGUAAAAACAAUGAAGAAUUGAGUGGAACAUUCUAUAAACAGAAAUAUGCUCAUCUUAUUGGCCAGGAGGCAGCUCUUGACGCGGCUCAGAAGACCAAUGUAAAUAAGAGUUACGGGGAAGUCCCAAGUGAAAAUAAGAAGGAUCAAAGAUCCAUUGAACAGACUAUGGCAGAUAUCAAAGCAAAGAAAAUGAAAAAAAUAGAAACAGACAAAAUGUUAGAUGUCACUGAAAAUAUUUAGCAAAUUCUUAGAGUAUAGGUUUAAAACACCAAUCAUAAACUGUUGACUGAGGUAAACACUACAACUUUGUGUUCUUUAAAGCAAUUUAGUAUGGUAGGUUAAUUUAUGCAAAUAACUUCAUGUUUAUUGUUAUAUAAUGGGUACUAUUUGUUUCUUAAAAUAUACAAAUACGUUGAAAACCUUCAAGAGAUUGUAAUUUUAGUAAGAUUAAGAAAAUAUCCAUAAAACAGUUGUAUGAGCAAUUCAGAAUUUUUACUACUUUGUGUUUAUGAUAACCAGGUAUAUGAUUCAAGAAUACGUAAGCGUAUAUGUAAAUUAUGUUUUGUUAACGAAAAACCCGCCGAAUUACUAAACUGCUUUGUCUCUUUCUGUCAAAUUAUUCUUACUGUGAUGAAAAGAGACAGUUGCAGUGGUGAGAUAUUACAUAAUUAUGUGGGAUUAGGGACAGUUAUCAUAAAAAAUCUAUUUAUGAUAUUCUAAACAUUCUAUAGAAAACAUGAUUAAUUUUGUUUAGUCGCAAAUAUUGCGGUUUAUUCAAAUAAUCCGUAAUUUUUCGCGUGGUUAAUGUCUUAUAAUGUAUGAAAUAGCUAGAAAAUUAAAAUGUUUUAUUGCACUGUAAUUUUAGAUAGGUAUUUGUAAAAGUUAUUUUUGUACCUGACAGUACUUGUAAUAGUUAUGGCUGGAUUAAAAAAUAAAAUAUUA